ACACGUACAGAGACCCAUAGAGAGAGGGAGAGAGGAAAUUUUUGGACAAGUGUGGGUGAGAAACAGGAGAACCAAUAUCAAAAUAAACACACACACACACACUCUCUCGACAGAUCGAGAGCAAUCUCUUAAAAGACACAGUAUGGACUCUUUUGCAAGGCUGCCGGAGGAAUGCAUCUCGACCAUUCUGUCACUCACAUCCCCCAUGGACACGACAAAAUUCUCAAUAAUCUCACAUGGGUUCAAAUCUGCUUCUGAUUCUGACAACGUUUGGGAGAGAUUUUUGCCACCGGAUUAUCGGCAGAUUAUCUCCACGUCGGUUUCUCCAGUAUUAUAUGCCACCAAGAAACACCUAUACUUUAAUCUCUGUCAUUCCCCUAUUCUCCUCCAUGAAGGCAAUACUAGCUUCUCUCUUGAUAUAAGGAACGGAAAGAAGUGUUAUGUGCUAGGAGCCAGGAAACUUCUACUAUCAUGGGGAGGAUGCUGGAGCUGGACACAACACCCGCAAUCCAGAUUUUCUGAGGUGGCCAAGCUUAAAUGUCCUGGUUCGAUCCAUAUUCGGGGCAAGAUAAAAACUCAGAUGUUGUCAUCAAACACUGCUUAUGCAGCAUAUCUAGUAUUCCACCUUGCAGAAAGAUUGAAUGGCCUUGAAUCAUCAAGAACAGUGAUUAGAUUCGUCGAUCCUCAAAUAGGAAACAGUAUGAUUGUAACUGUAGAGGGCACUGAGAAACCUGAAUCAGAAGGAACUGGGAAAAUUGCACAGAUGAGACGAGAUGGCUGGAUGGAAAUAGAAAUGGGAAACUUUUACAAUGGAGAAGAUGAUAAUAGAGAAGUGGAGGCCUGGUUGAUAGAGAUUAAUAAUCCUGUUGGAAAGUCUGGCUUCAUUGUUGAAGGUAUCGAGUUUAGACCUGUUUGAGAAGGAAAGGGCAUCAAGAUGCAGAGUCUUUGAGAGUUUCUUCCUGGUGCAUUAAGUUUAUUUCAUGGAUUGAAUAAAAAUGAAAAGGAAGUUUCAAUGGAAUUCAUGGAAUUGAAAUUUCAAUUUUCUCUACUGAACUGGUAGUGUUGAAGUCCUAUUAUGGUUGUCUCAACUUAGGCUCAGCUCCAAAAUAGCGAUGAAAAUGGUAUUAAGCCAAUAUUUAUAAGAUCUUUAAAACUACUAUGUAAUUACUCGAGUACAAUGAUUGAAGCACGAAUUCGUUAACAAA